UAUAUGUUUGUUUGGAUCAGCUUGGGUAUAUGUAAUAAAUUGUAGAUAAUUUUAAUUAUCCUCGUUUUGUACGUGUUGAAUGUAUAUGUGAUAUGCACAAGUGAUUCUUCCGCGAAGAAAGAGUGCUAUUUUUAAUCAUGCCUCGUAGUACUCCUAAAUCCAAGAAAAAUGAAUCUAGACGUUCAUCGAUCCUUAAACCACGUAAACCACGACAACCGUUGCAAAAUGUGAAUUUUGAUUCUCCACACAAUGAAAGAAGUUCAACUCCAUCAAAAACUAAAAGGCGUAGCUUUGCAGAUAAGAAACAUGUCAAAGAGUUUUGUCACUCGACAGAGCAAGGGACUGUAUGGGAUAAUACGUAUGAAGAGCACGAUUCUAGUCUUCUUAAAGGAUCUUUUGUAGGAGAUUCAAAUGCUAAAACUGAAUCAAAAGAAAAUGCUUCUCUAUGUAUUCCUAAUAAUGAAUAUGUACACAUGUUUGGAAGUAAUUCAAGCUGUUCAAAUAGUUCCAAUCUAACAAAUAAUCAGUUAUCUGUGUCCAAUAUAAGAGUCAUAAGAAAGGAUAAUGACAAUUGUGAUUUGAAUUUUACUAAUCCAAUCGAAAUGAAAUUGUUUGAUGAAGGACCUCAGAUUCAACAGAUUAUAUUGCCAAAUAGUUCUGGAAUAUCUCAACCAUCAAAAGGUGCAACAUUAAGUGGCAUUACUGCAUGUAGCAACACAGAUGAGAAAUAUGUGGAAUUACCUAAUGAGUCUCAGCUUGAACAAAAUGUAAUGCCGAAUGUUCUUUCUAGAUCUCACAUAUUUAGAAAUGCAACAUCUAGUAAUAUUAUUAUAUAUAAAGACUCCAAUGAAGAGAAGAAUGCAAGUAAUACUACAAAUACUUUUUCUACAUCUCAUGUAUCUAAAAAUGCAACAUCCAGCAAUAUUAUUAUAUACAGAGACUCUGAUGAGAAGAGUGCAGAUAAUGCUGGCAUAAAAUUAUAUUCUGAGUUAUGUUGCAAUGUCGACUCUGAAUUAGAUAGGACAUCUGCUCAGGAUUUGUCUAUGGAAUUUACUAUACCAGUGUCUACAUCUUUACCAUCUUUAUCAUCUUUACAUGCAGAAGAAGAAAUAAAUGUACAGAAAGAUGAAUGUGCAUUGAACCUAAAUUUAAAUACAAAAUGGAUUGGCAACUGCAAUAAUAUGUCUAGUCAGGCUGUACCAACAUCUGUGAAACCUGUUAAUUCUGGUUUAGGAAUUUUUGAACAAAUUUCAAAGAUACAAAAACAUGAAAGUUCCAAUUAUACCACUGAAAAUAAUACCCAUAAUACGAUAUUUUCAACAAGUUUACAAUCUAAUAUUGCUUCUGAAAAUAAUGUUUUUAAACAUAUACAGGAUGCAACACAGAAUGUUAAUGAAUCAAUGAUGUUAACAAAUAUAAUACAGCCAUCUACCACAAGCACUGAUAUAUGUCAUACAAACAACACAGCUUUUAAUGCUUCAAUGGAAAUGACUACUGCUAUAUCAACAAAAAUAUAUAACAAAAGUAUUUCACAUCCUCAUGAUGAAAAUAUAAUUAAAGAAAAUAAUCUGAGAGAAAAUCAAACUGAUAAAACUGAAUUUUUUAAUGAUGUAAUGCAAAUAACAAAGCCUAUAAAUACGUUUCCUUUGAUAGCUUACGACAAGGAGAAUUUGAAAAUGGAUGAAUUAAUAUCCAAAGAUGAUAGUACUGUAUUCUUUCAUGAUGUAUCCAUGGAAAUGACUAAGUCAUUAAAAAAUCAAGAAGAAAUUACUUGCCCAAUCAUUAAUAGAUCAAUACCUGAAAAGAGUACCUAUAAAGAAAACUAUAUGGACAAUUUAAAAAACUUUGAUGAAAAAACUAGAUUAUUAUACAAGUCUAUGGAGAUUACUGAAGCUGUCCCUAUUUCUUUGCAUCAUGAAAGAACGCUUAAUACUGUUUGCACUGCACAAUCUACAUCAUUCUCUCAAACUAGAUUAUUAUACAAGUCUAUGGAGAUUACUGAAGCUGUCCCUGUCUCUUUGCAUCAUGACAGAACACUUAAUACUAUUUGCACUGCACAAUCUACAUCAUUCUCUCAAACUAUGCCAAAAGCACGUUUGCCUGUUGAAAAUUCAACGGAAUUGAUAUCUCAAGCUGACACAGCUGCAAACAAACCAAUUCAAACUGUAUCAAUGGAAAUUACUGAUACAGUUUUAUCGACUUUACGUCUUACACAAGAUGCGACAAAUGAAAGAGAGAAUUUAAACAUUUCUAGAGAUAAUGAAAUUCAGCAUUCAACAACAAAUAAUUUAAUAAAAUUGAGGAAAAGUGCAACAAAUGAGAAUUCCAUAAUUUCAAGAGAAUUUAUAGAAACGACAGACAUGCACAAUGAAUUAUCUAAUAAUUUUGUUAUUCCAUCUGCGUCAAGUAAUUUAGAUCACUCUUUGAAUGCAGUUUCAAAAAAUAUUAGCAGUAGAAACGAAACAUUUGAUAAAAAUGAACAACCAAAUUCGAAAAAGAUUUGCAAGUCUUUUAUGGAAUCUGACAUUCCUCAAAAAAAUAAUGUAUGUUUAUCUCCAAAGCCUAAUGAUAUUUAUAUAAAUGAUAUUAGAUAUAAUGAGUGUUUGGUACAGAAUACAAUGGAUCAUACUGGGUUGUCUAAAUCAAAUUUUAGAGAUGAUCUACAUGAAAUAAGCGAAUGUAAUUUGUUAAAAACUCUGGGAAACAGUUUCGAAGAGUUGCAAUCAAUUAAACCACCAUCAUUCAUAUCAUUAGAUAGUGACAAAGAGGAGAAUUCCUUUUCUGACUCUUUAUGCAAAGAUAAUCAGAUAUCGACUGAUAAUAGAACAAUUGAUAAUGUACAUAAUAGUUCGAACCAAUUAGUAAUAAAUAAUGUUCCAGAAUAUAAAGCAGAAUUGAGAAAAAGUGUAGCAAAAGAUAAUAAAAGUUCUACAGUUUUAAGAGAAAAUGAAUCGAUAAAUAUCGAGAACAUUCAAAUGGAAGAUUGCUAUAGAAGAACUAUAGCAAAUAAAACUGAACAAGAAGAUGAUUGCCAAGCAAUCAGAAGAAUAAUUAUUAAUGACAAUCAAGUUAAUGAAUCCAAUCAUUGUACAAUGAAUAUAGAGAAUCUUCAUGCAGAAAAUGUAUUAUCAACACAGAAUAAUAAACAUGGAGAGACAAAUACUGAUCAUUGCAAAUCUCCAAUUAUCAAAGAGAGCGAAAUAAUAAUUAAAGAAAAAUAUAUCCAAGAAAAGAUAAAUAAUGAUGCAAACCCACAAAAUAAUGUCAAAGAGAAAGAAAAAUAUUCAGGUGUGCAAAGACUGAAAAUAGAACAGUACACUGAUAGUCUCAAAAGGAUAGAAGCAAUUGAAAAUCAAUUAAAUUCUGAAAACAAUUGCAAAGCGAAUUUAAAUGACGAAAUAAGCGUGACAGAAAUGAAACAAAACGAAGAAUGUACAGAAGAAAGACUCACAAUAGAACGAUGCGUUAGCGCGAGUGAAGAUGAGUCUUUGACUGAGCAAGAUCCCUUUUUAUCAUUAUUACAGAAAUUAGAAACACAUGGCGAAAGGGAUGAUUGCAUUUGGAACAUGUAUCAUAAGAAUAUCGACAGAAAAAUGAUUGUUUUCGGCUUCAUAUCGAAUUCUUUAUUGAUAGCAAUGUAUCUAUCAUAUGAUCUUAAUUGCUCUGAAGAGAAUCUGAUUGAAAAGAUCAAGAUUAUUUCCCGCGUUUCAGAUGAUUCGGGUAUAUUAGUAAGGAUAGUUCAUAAAUUAAUUCUGGAAAAAUUAGAUGCAGAACUACUUAUGUAUAAAUGCAGAACUCAUGAGGAUAUCCUACCAAUGCUAGAAUAUGUUUCAGAACAUGUGAAAUUAGCAAUGAAUUUCAUGUUUGACUUGAAACAUUUGGACAAUUUAAAUUUGAUGGAAAUUACUUAUGAUCACAUCUCAUUCGUGUCUCGAAGCAAACAAAUGGACACUAUAUUGAAAGUUACAAUUAAAGUAAAACGUUUCGAUGAACUUACUUCAAAAGAUGUAAAUGUUCAAUGUUUAUUAGGUACAAUAAGAGAAACUGAUAUUAAAAGUCUAAUUAAGAAUAUAAAAAAGGACCAUAAAUUCUUAAGAAAAUAUAUAAACGAUGUCAAAGAUUAUAUUGACAUAAUGGAAGAGACUUUAAUUGCUAAGAAAGUUUAAUUUCCAAGAAGACGCAGCCGAUUGAUUUUCAGUGAAGAUAUCACUUAGUUGUUUCAUAAUGUGUUAAAAUUAGAAUUAAAAUAAAUGAAUUUUUAAAUCGUCAA